UAUGUAUCAUAUAUUUUUGUUUUAGUGCAAACACAGCCAUUUGUCUUGUACAAGGGGCUUCAGUAGGAAGUGAGAGUGCAGCAGUAGAUGAGCAGCUGACUAUGAAUUCUGAGGAAAACAUGCAUCUAUUAGACAAGGAAGUCACAUCUGAGGACCUUAAACUACCAGGGAAUAACUCCAGCAAUUUACAGGCCAUUGGUCCUUAUCCAGAUGAAGGGGCAUCAACAAAGUGCAGUAUUAUGGAAUGUGAAAAGAAUGAUAUGAAUUAUGAAUCUGGAACUCCUCAUCAAGUUUCCCCAGACUUAAAUAAAGAGAUAACAGUAGACUGUCUUCAAAAAGAAUUGGAAAUUCUCAGAACAAGCAAUAAAAAGCUUCAAGAAAAAUUGACUAAAGAAGAUAAAGAAAAGAGAAAAUUAAAGCUUAAGUUGGAACUCCACGAGAAAGCGGCAGAAGCUGAAAUUGCUGAAAGGACCGCAGCUUUGGUUGAAGAAGUUUAUUUUGCACAGCGAGAACGUGAUGAAGCUAUUAUGUGCAGACUGCAGUUAGCCCUUGAAGAGAGAGAUGAAGCAGUUGCACGUGUGAAACAUAUGGAAAUGUCACUAAAAAUGCUAGAAAAUAUUAACCCUGAAGAAAAUGACAUGACAUUACAGGAAUUACUGAGCAGAAUAAACAAUGCAGACACUGGGCUAGCUAUUCAGAAGAAUGGAGCUAUAAUUGUGGAUAGAAUCUACAAGACCAAGGAAUGUAAAAAGAGAAUAACUGCAGAAGAAAUGAAUGCAGUGAUAGAAGAGCGGGAUGCGGCUUUGUCUCAGUGCAAACGGCUACACCAGGAGCUUCAUCGUCUGAAAGAGCAGAAGCAGACUUCAGCAAACAACAUGAGACAUCCGACUGCUGAAAACAAUCAGGAACGUGCUCUGAAGGCAAAAUUACUGUCAAUGAAGCAAGCCAGAGAAACUGCAGUUGAACAGUACAAAAGGCUGGAAGAAGAAAUACAGACAUUACGAGUUUACUACAGUUUACACAAAUCAUUAUCUCAAGAAGAAAACUUGAAAGAUCAGUUUAACCAUGCCCUAAGUACCUAUGAAGAAGCCUUAAAAAACAGAGAGCACGUUGUUUCCAUCACUCAACAGCAGAACGAAGAACUGGCCGCCCAACUUGAGCAGGCUCUGACUCAGCAAGCAAACAUGGAAUUGCAGCUUCAGUGUGCUGUAGAGGUCUCCCAAGCAGCCAAUGAAAAAGUUCAAAAGUUAGAAAGGCUGGUGGAUGUCCUGAGGAAGAAGGUUGGAACAGGGGCUGUGAGGACAGUGAUCUGACUGAAAAACACCCAGUCUGGGGCAAGCAAUCACAUCUGGUGGCCAGGCUGCUUCAUUCAACACUGUGUAAACACUAAAAGCCUUAACUUAGCAAACAGUUGUUAGAAGUGGGACACUCCAACCACAUUCCAAGCUGAGAUAAAAUCAAAUCACAAAUGUUUAACCACUUUGCUGCUAACUUCGGUUAUUUAUCCAAAUAUAUUAACUAUAGGCUUUUACCAAUUAUAUAAUGUUGCAGCUUAUUUUGUAGAUAUUUUGUAUUUGUGCCUUUAAUGUAAUUCUUUUUGCCAGUGUACUAUAAAAAUGUGUGAAGUCGGUCAGGAUCGUACCCUCACAUAUGGCCCUUUCUGAAUCAAAGUGCAGCAAAGCAAAUAUUGUCUAAGCCUUAAUCCACUGUGUUAGGUCAAAACUUCAAAUAAAUGCGUUUUCAGUAUAGAGUAUAUUUCUUAACUGAUGGAAGAAGCUCAGACAUGAGAGAAUGUAGCCCACCUUCAAUGUAUGUAUUCAGCUUUUGUUCUUAAAAUUGAAGAAUAUUAAGUAUAGAUGCCAUGAACUGAGUGUAUAAUUUGCUUUACUUGUACAUUAAGAUGGCAGUCACUAAGGCAUGAUUUUUGUUUCACUACAGAGAAUAUACACUGUUUUCAAUAAAAAGGUUAUUAAUGGACACUUGUUUCACUAUAGAUAGUAUAUAUUGUUUGCAGUAAGAGGUCAUUAAUGUGCACUUAUGCAUAUAUAUUAUUGGUAUUUUUUAAUGUUGAGUCUAGGUAAUUAUCUAAGCGUCACUUAAACUGUAGAAAUAGCCAAGUUCUGCUCACAGUCUGGGACACUUGGGCUUGAAAAUUAGCAUGUGCCAGUCAGCGUGUCUGUCCUAAAAGGCAAGAAGACAUCAAAAGUAAGAAGACAUUCUUACUAUUUUUAAAUAUUGUUUUUGGUAUGUUGGAAGAGAUCUUAGUAUAUAAUAUACAAAAAAUAUAGGGUCAAAAUAUGAGGACUUAGAAAAAAGCUUCCUUGCAAUUUGGUUCCAGUUAUCCACUUUUGAAUUUAUUUAAGACAUAACUUAAAAUAAUGAAAGCACAGCAGCCACUUCUCAUCAUAGAUGUUAUGAAUAUUUAUGGAUAAUAUUGUCAGUUUUGCAGAUUAGAUAGCUAAAAGGCCAUACCCAGAACAGGAUGAAAUGAACAAAAAAUAUUGAGUUAGUGAAAAUUUUAUAGUCAGAAACUUUUUUAUGUUCCUAAUUGAUAUAUAAAUAAGAAUGAACUAAAUUAUUUAUCAUUUCCUGUUUACAGGAUAAAUAUAUUCAGAAUGAUAUACUAAACCAUUCUUUCAUAUACCAUUGGAAAAUACCCAAUUUAUGCAUCUUUUGACACUGUAGAAUAUUUUGAGACCCUUUGUCAUAGAUGAAAUAUGAACCAGAAUACUAACAUGCUCCAUUUCCUCCUUACUACAUCUGUAAAAUGUAGUAAGCUAACAGAUCAUUAGAAUCAUCUCACUGCAUUCAAAUUUGAAAUGCACUCAUGUUGCAUGUUCUUACUGAUUUUUAAACUAUGAGAAUUAGAAGAUAAAUGAUAGCAGGUAUUAAAAAUUAGCUAAAUUGUGGCUGUCUGUCCCAUGGUCACAGAGAGCAUCACCAUCUCUGAUAGACCAGUAACUACUUCCACAUGAAAGCUAGUGCUUCAGUCGCUCCCGUGGGCUCUAUGACAACACCCUGUAUGAAGACACAGGAUCUCUAAAGUUACCCGGGGUGCAAGUAAGUAAAGGGAAUAUCCAUUCCUGACUGCUCUGAACACAAUCACAGGUAAAGCUGAAUAUUCAGUUUGGUCUUAAAAACAGACUCUUUCCUUAAGUUAUUUACUCUGCAGUCUUAGAACACACAGGGAGAAAUAGAAACAUUUUACAAUGUCCAAACAUCACAUAGAGCAACUGGUUCCUGGACAGUUGCACAGAGCCAAGUAUUACAAAAUGAAACUCAAAGAACUGUUCUGACACCAAUUGUUGUUGAGUACAGGUGUCCCAAAGCAUUUAGAACCAGCCCAGGCUACUUCUGUCUUGAUCUCUCACUCAUCAUUGCUGGCUUUGUACGAAGGAGGAACCACUAAGGACCAAGCUGCCUGCCACUUACUGAGAAGAAGCACAACUGCAAUGUUCUGCAAUGUUCCCUUUUAAGCAUUACCAAGUCUGUUCCUAUAGCCUGAGAGCUCCCUUCUUAAAAACUCAGCAAACUUUAAAGAAAAGACUACUGUUAGUCAUAGCACUUGAUCUGCAAAAUCAUCAUUUGACAUUUUUUAACUCUACCAACAGCCACAUGGUAAUUAUACAGGUUUUAGUAUUGGCUCUAUUGUUUUAUGGAGAUAUUACAUUGAUUCUAAUGAGGAAAUAAAUAAAAGUCCUCUUGGAACUUCCCAAGGACUGAGGCCUUAGAACUAACUAACCCCCAUUAAAUUAUAGCUCUCUCAGCCUCUCUGUAAGAAAAAGCAUAGUAAAUAUUUUUAGUUUUCAUUUUUUCAGUCAUUUAUUAAUUCUUUGAUCAUUUCCUACAAUGUAUUUCAAUCAUAUUUACCCCUAACUCCUCCCAGAUAUUCUCCCCCACAACCCUACCUACACCAAGUUGGGAUCCUUUUUUCUUUUCUCCCCCACAACCCUACCUACACCAAGUUGGGAUCCUUUUUCUUUUUAAUUUAAUAACCCAGCAACCUCAAUUUGUGCUCUCCGUAUAACUAUUCAUGUAGGGCCAUCCGCUGGAGCACAGCAAAGAUUUCAAUGUCUGCUACUAGAAAGAUGUCUUAGUCGUCAAGUCACUUACUGCUCUUGCGCAAAACCCAAGGUUGAUCCCCAGCACCCAGAUUAGGUGCCUCAUAACUGCUUAAAACUCCAGUCUGGGGGAUACAACCCCCUCUGACCUCCAUAAGCACCUGUAUGCACACAAGACACAUACAACUCAAGUAGGCACACACACAGCCAUAAAUAAAAAAAUAAUAGGGCAGCAAUUAAAAACUAUGCUUGAAAGAUACAUUUUAAACUCUGCUGCUAUUGUUCCAUUUCCUCUUUACACAUAUGCAUGCAUUUUUUAGUAAUCUAGAGGAUGGAUGGAUAGAUAGAUAGAUAGAUAGAUAGAUAGAUAGAUAGAUAGAUAGAUAGAUAGAUAGAUAGACAGAUAGAUAGAUAAUCUUUCUAUGCACUUCAACAUGAUUACACACAUCAAUCCCUUUAUAUUAUUGUCAUCUCUGCAUGUACUUUGGUAGGCAGAAGUUAUUCUGAACUGUUUUUAAUUUGGUCUGUUACCAGACACCAAACACCGCAGGGUUAUAACAUGGUAGAAUAUGUUUCCAUGCACACUCUGCUUCCUACAGCAUGUAUUUGAUAAAUACAUAGGCAAAGUAAUAGGUUACAAGCAACUUAUAAGCAAUAACUUUGAUUUUUAUUAAAUAAGCUAUUAUGUUUAAGGUAAUUAAAAUAUUAAAAAGUACUUUAUGAAAUAAAUAUUUUAAGCUUCUAUUUUAUGUAUUUCAUUAUCCAAAUAAAAUGAAGAGUCUUCUUACUGGGUCACUUA